UCGACUCGCUCCCUCCACACUCCUCCGCCUCUUCCGACCCUCUCCAUCCGUUCUCCCCGGCAGACGGAGCAGACCUCCGGGAAGGAAGCGUGGAUUUUUUUUUAACCCUCCUUUGCAUCUGUGUGAAUGGGAAUCAGCUGCACCGGGCAGGAGUGAUGGAGACUCUGCCUCCAUAGUUACUGGAACUUAUUUCUCAUCCCAAAAAAGAAGGAACUAACCGCGCGUGUGUGUGUGUCUUGUUUGGGAUUUUUCUUUUCUUUCCUUUUCUUUCUUUUUUUGGGGGGGAGUAUCAAGCCCGAUCGGGGAGGUUUAUUUUGGGGGAGAGGAGAGGCUGUUUUACCCCCCCUCUCUCUCUCUCUCUCCUCCUUAACAUCAUCCUGCUGCUUCACCAACCUGAGUUUCUCUUUUAGAUUUUUUAAUUGACAGUUGGAUUCUGUGGAGGAUUUAAGAAGAAGAAAAAAACCAAACAGCAGCAGGAUUUGCUGUGUUUUCCCUCGGGCUCAUUGGGACUGGAGCCGGGCAGCAUGGAGCUGGGUUUGGUUGGAUGUAGGGGUGAUGUUUGGGAGGUGCUGGUGCGGAGAAGGAGGAGGAGGACAGGGGGAUUCUACCUGCUGCUGCUCUGCUGGCUUCUGGCUGCUCACACCACAGCGCACGCCUCGGACACUUCCUCAUCUUCUUCCUUGUCCUCGUCCUCCUCCUCGUUUACUCUUGGAGGUUUCGUGGACUUCACUUUCACCCAGGAGCCUCAGGACACAGUAACGGUGCGAGGGGGCGUGUUGCAGCUCGACUGCCAGGCGCAGUCCGAUGCAGUGGCAGGACCUCCCAUCAUCACAUGGCGUAAGGACGGCGUGCUGCUGAGUGCAGUGGUGGAUGAGCGGCGACGGCAGCUGGCUAACGGCUCGUUGCAGGUGCAGAAUGUCGUCCACUCGCGGCACCACCGACCUGAUGAGGGCGAAUACCAGUGCAUCGCCACACUGGAUGGACUGGGGAGCAUCGUUAGCCGGACCGCCAGGGUCACUGUGGCUGGUCCGCUGAAGGUGGUCAUCCCCACCGAGUCCGUUUCCUCGUACUUGGGCGACACCGCCCUGCUGCGCUGUGAGGUCUCGGGCGACCCGACGCCCGUCAUCCGCUGGCAGAAAAACCGGGAGGACCUACCACUGACCUUUGACCCCGACUCCCGCAUGGCGGUGCUGCCGUCAGGAUCGCUUCAGGUCAGCCGCGUCCAGCCGCCAGACUCAGCCACGUACCGCUGUCUAGCCGACAACCCCAGCAGCACCCGGACGGGGACGGACGCCGAGCUCCGAGUGCUCCCAGAGCCCGGGGUGAGCAGGAACCUCCAGUUCCUCCAGCGUCCCUCCAGAGUAACGGUUCUGCUGGGAACCGACGCCGUGCUGGAAUGUUCCGCCUCCGGAUACCCGACUCCAAGCAUCCAGUGGAGGAGAGGAGAGGAACUGAUCCAGAGCUGGAAUAAGAAGUACUCUCUGCUGGUGGGCAGCAAUCUGAUCAUCAGGAGUGUCACCGACGACGACUCUGGCAGUUACAGCUGUACAGCGGCCAACAAGAACCACAACAUCACUGCGCACACAGAGCUGAGUGUACUAGUGCCUCCUCAGUUCCUCAACUACCCGACAAACACGUACGCCUACGAGUCCACGGACAUCGAGCUGGAGUGUGCAGUGACAGGAAACCCGCCGCCGACCGUGCGCUGGAUGAAGAACGGGGAGGAGGUCAUCCCCAGUGACUACUUCCAGAUAGUGGACGGCAGUAACCUGCAGAUUUUGGGUUUGGUGAAGUCAGACGAAGGAUUUUAUCAGUGCGUCGCCGAAAACUCAGCCGGCAGCUCGCAGGCGAUGGCUCAGCUGCUGCUCCGGGAGCCAGAGGUCACGCCCACUCAGUAUAGACCCGCCCACACGCCUCCCCCUCUUCCUCGCCCUCCUCCUGCUCCUUCUGGCACCCCCUUGACUUACUCCUCCUCCUCUGAUCCCCCACCAGUGUCCCCCAGCCCGGGCGUUGCCCUCCCCUCUGCCCCCCGCGACCUGGUCCCUGUCCUAGUGUCCAGCCGAUUUGUCCGACUCAGCUGGCGCCCCCCGGAGGAGACCGGAGGAGCCGUGCAGACCUAUGGCAUUUAUUACUCCCAGGACGGAGUUGAGAGGGAGCGGUCAGUGAACGUGUCGGAGCCGGAGUCUCUGGAGCUGACCGUCUCGAACCUGAAACCAGAGGAGAGCUACAGCUUCAGAGUCAUCGCUUACAACGACGUGGGGCCAGGAGAGAGCUCCGCCCCCCUGAGGAUCACCACCAAACCUGACCUCCAGGUUCCCAGCAGGGUGGAGUCUGUCCAGGCUGAGGCUCUGUCUCCCACGUCGGUCCAGGUGAGCUGGGAUCCCCCCAGCCAACCAAACGGCCCCAUCCUGGGCUACAGACUGCUGUGGACUGAAAGCCCAUCGGGCAAGGAACAGAGUGUGGAGGUGAACGGACUCAACUACAAGAUGGAGGGACUCAAUAAGUUCACCGAGUACGCAGUUCGAGUUCUGGCGAUCAACCGCUACGGACCCGGCGCCGCCGUGGACACUGUCAGCGUCACCACCCAAUCAGAUGUACCCAGCGCUCCUCCCAACAACAUCACCCUAGAGGUUGUCCUGUCCAGGAGCAUCAAGGUGUCAUGGCAGCCGCCCCCGCGCAGCGCCCAGAAUGGCAUCAUCUCCGCCUACAAAAUCAAAUACAGGAAGACCGGUCGCCGUGGAGACCAAGAAGCCAUCGAACCCAACAAUUUCUGGUACCUUUUCACAGGUCUAGAGAAGGGCAGUCAGUACAGUUUCCAAGUAUCAGCCAUGACAGCCAAUGGAACUGGUCCGGCCAGUGACUGGUACACUGCUGAGACACCGGAGAACGACCUGGAUGAGAGUCAGGUGCCUGACCAGCCCAGCUCGCUGCACGUCAGGCCGCUGCCCAACAGCAUCAUCAUGUCCUGGACUCCGCCCCUCAGCCCAAACAUCCUGGUCCGGGGUUACAUCAUUGGCUACGGAGUGGGAAGUCCCUAUGCCGAGACGGUGCGAGUGGACAGCAAGCAGAGAUACUACUCCAUCGAAAACCUUGAGCCGAGCUCGCACUAUGUGAUUUCCCUGAAGGCGUUCAAUAAUGCCGGCGAGGGAGUGCCGCUGUAUGAGAGCGCUGUCACUCGAUCUCUGACAGACCCCAUAGACCCAUCUGAGGAUGACCUCUUCCACCUCUUUGAUAAAUACCCCACUCCCAUGCCAGACACCAGCACUCCCAUGAUCCCCCCGGUGGGGGUUCAAGCCGUGGCUCUGUCCUCGGACUCGGUGCGCGUCUCCUGGGCCGACAACUCCAUGACCAAGAACCAGAAGGCGUCUGAAGUCCGGUACUACUCCGUCAAGUGGAAGACCAGCUACUCCACCAGUGGAAAGUACAAGUCUGCAGACACCACGGCGCUCAGCCACACUGUCACCGGCCUCAAACCAAACGCCAUGUACGAGUUUGCUGUCAUGGUAACCAAGGGUCGCAAGUCCAGCACCUGGAGUAUGACAGCACACGCCACAACGUAUGAAGCAGCUCCUAGCUCCGCCCCCAAAGAUUUGACAGUGAUCAGUCGCGAGGGACGACCCCGCGCCAUUUUAAUCAGCUGGCAGCCGCCGAUGGAGGCUAACGGACGAAUCACAGGUUACAUCCUGUACUACACGCUGGAUAAGAACAUGCCGAUAGAUGAUUGGGUGAUGGAGGCGAUCACCGGUGACCGGCUGACCCAUCAGGUGGUGGAUCUGAACCUCGACACGGUUUAUUACUUCAGGAUUCAAGCCAAGAACGCCAAAGGAGUCGGCCCUCUGUCUGAGCCCGUCCACUUCAGGACCGCCAAAGUGGAACAUCCGGACAAGAUGGCCAAUGAUCAAGGUCGAGGGGGCGACCAUGCCUACUGGCCGUCUGACACCAACCUAAUAGACAGGAGCAGCAUCAACGAGUCUCCCAUUGGUCAGAUGCGUCCGCCCCACGGCAGCGCCACGCCUCAGAAGAAUAGUAACCUGCUGGUCAUCAUCGUGGUUUCCGUGGGAGCCGUUACCGUGGUGGUGGUCGUCAUCGUGGCGCUCAUCUGCACGCGACGCUCCUCGGCCCAGCAGAGGAAGAAGCGAGCAAGCCACAGCGCCAGUAAAAGGAAGGGCAGCCAGAAGGACCUGCGCCCUCCGGACCUGUGGAUCCAUCACGAGGAGAUGGAGAUGAAGAACAUGGAGAAAGCUCCCAGCAUCGCCCCGUCCGCACGUGAUUCGCCCACCCAGUCCUGCCAGGACCUCCCCCAGGUCGCACACAGCCAAUCGGAGAGCCAGAUGGGCAGCAAGAGCAGCAAGAGCAGCCACUCAGGGGCGGACGGUGACGAGGCGUCCAGCUGUAUCUCCACUCUGGAGCGCUCCCUGGCUGCCAGGAGGGGGACACGGGGGAAAAUGAUGAUUCCUAUGGACUCACAGCCGAGCAACACACCGGUGGUCAGUGCCAUUCCGGUGCCAGCUCUGGACUCCUCCCAGUAUCCAGGGAUCCUGCCUUCCCCUUCCUGCGGCUUCACUCACAACAAGUUCAGCCUGAGACCGAUGCCUUUCCCAAGCCUGACCGUGGACAGAGGAUACACUCCAGUGAUGCCUUCAGACAGCUCCACCAAUCCUCUCCUCCAGCAGCAGCCUUUGCCCCAGACGGCUCCUCCGCUGCUCCCCGGCUCCUCCGCACCGCCGGGGGAACAUGUUCUGGGUGUUGGCCCAAUCCCAGGAGCCCCCGCUGCUGCCGCUGCGGAGGAGUCCCAGGCCGGGAACGCUCGGACCAUCCCGACGGCCUGCGUGCGGCCCACGCACCCGCUACGGAGCUUCACCAACCCACUGCUGCCUCCGCCCAUGAGCACCAUCGACCCAAAGGUGUACACCUCCAUGCUGCCACAGUCCAGUGCGAGCCUUCCGAAGCCCCAGGUGAAGACGGCCUCUCUGGGUCAGGCCGGUAAGGCUCGCUCCCCUCUGCUGCCCGUCUCAGUCCCUACGGCGCCGGACCUACUGGAGGAGGGAGGAACAAAACCUGCAGAGGAUUCAGCUGCCAACGUUUAUGAGCAAGACGACCUUUCAGAGCAGAUGGCCAGUCUAGAAGGCCUGAUGAAGCAGCUCAACGCCAUUACUGGCUCCGCCUUCUAACCCCUGACACCGGCCCAGCCCAGCCCUCAGCCUUGGUCCUGUCUGGAAACCUUCUUCAAGCCUUGAUGUCACCUGCUGUCCAUAUGCUAAGAGCGGCAACAGGUCAAUCUGAGUUUGAAGACGCCUCUUUGGAAUCAGACCUACAUCUGUGCUGGGUUGAGUUUGUUUGGUUUCUACUGGUCUCAGGUAGUGUCUACUAUUUGGGACAGGGAUAGGAUAGAAGGGAAUCAAACUCUUAAGAACAGGACAAGGGUGGAGGGGCUUCUUUAGGAGUUCAAACUGAAACCCCUCUAGACUCUUCAACCUCAAACACAAAACUAGAAAAACCCAAUGCCUAGCGCCUCAGCUUAAUGACACAGGAUGAUGGGAUAAACACAAAAAGAAGACAAAGUUAUAAGAUCCCUCCUGUUUCUCUUCUUUGUGGUAUUUAUUAGCGUCCUCACUGAGUUAGCCACAACUCAGUUACUGUGACUGUAGCUCAUUUAUUUUUCAUGAUCGCUGUUGGAAGUAUUCCUUUUGUCUUUUGGUUUUUGUUUGGGUAUUCCAGCUUUGUGCAGUUACAAGGAUGUGUAUAUGGUUUGAAAUGCCAACAUAACCUACAGUAAAAAACAGAAAACACAUCCUCAACCACCAAAGUUUCAACAAAACAUUUUUUUUUCUAACUUGGAUCGGAGGUCGCCUGUUGUGGUGACACAAGGUGAUCCUCUCUGGCAUUUCAUGCCUACUUUUCCGAACAAAACAGCUUUCAACUUUCACUCAGAACCCAUGCAACAAUUUCACCUCUGGAUUCUGAGGUUUCAAAAAACAAAAGGGAUUAAGACUGAUUUUGGCCGGUUCGAAACAAGUGUGAGAACCUACUAGACCGGUCUGAAUCGCCUGGAUCGGCUGACUACUCUUACAGGACUGUACAGACUCCCACAGUCUGUUGCUGCUCUUGAUCAAGACUUUACUCUCCCUAACCCAGACGUACUCCAAUAUUUACCUACAAGGACUUGUGUUGUUGCCAAAUUCUCAUCUUGGAAAACUUAUUGUAACCUUCUUUGUUUUUGCUCCUUGUUCAAGUCUGUCUCAGUCUCAACCAUGGACUGGAAGUCAAUGAAAAGCAGUAAGAUGAUCCGUGUGGAACACAUGUUAUAAGAAAUCUGGAUUUGGAUCGGUAGGACCCAUCCCAUCCUGGACAAAUGAAGAUUGACUUGAUAUGGUAUACGGUGAUAUGUUCUUUUGAGAAACGUGUUCAUUCAAAUUCGGUCUUAACCCCUCGUUCA